CUAUUCUGCAGCAGCUUCCCAGGGAUGAGCAGCCCAACUCUACCCAAGCUUUUGGAACUGGCAGCCCACAGCCUGCUGAGCAGUGAGACUAUACCUGCUCUAGAAGAGUUCACAGUCGACCUCUUCCCACCACUGCUCACCACUGCAUUUGCCAAGGGGCACAGGCAGGCCCUGAAGGCACUGGUGCAGGCCUGGCCCUUCCCCGUUCUCCGUCUGGGCUCUCUCAUAGUGCAGUGGCCCAACCAUGAGAGCUUGCAAGCGGUGCUGGAUGGACUCAACAUCUUUCCUGCCCACAGGACUUGUCCCAGGAGGUCAGAACUGAGGGUGCUGGAUCUGACCCUGGACUUCGAGCAGGUCCAGGGGAAAGGUGCCUCGGAGGCCCUGGCCAAGUUCCCUUUUUGGUUGCCAUCAACAGCCAAGGCUGAGAAGCAGCAGGUCACAUCCCAGCCCAUGGCAGCAGAGGACUCAAGAAAAGCAUCUAGCCAGUCGGGAGAGCCACUGGAGUUACACAUUGAUCUUUUCCUGCAAGGCCCCUUCAAGUUAGAUACAUUCCUUGCCAGCCUCCUGAGCAAGGUGGAGCAGAGCAGAGGGUCUCUGCGUCUCUGCUGCCGGAAGUUGCAUAUUGAGGAAAUGACUUUUAACAGCCUUAUCGGGAUCCUGAAAACUCUGGACCUGGAAUUCAUCCAGGAGCUAGAGGUGUUCGACUGGUUCCGGGCUCUGUCCGAGCAAAGCCUGUUUGCCACCCAGCUGGGGAGGAUUUGCAACCUGCGCAGCCUCAAGCUGGCCUACUACCACUGGGCUUUCUCUCCCGAGGCCGAGCAAUCCUCCAGCUACUUCCUCUCCCAGUUAGGCCAACUGGGCCACCUCAAGAAGCUCCACCUGGCCUAUUCCUACCUCUCAGGCAACCUCCAUCAAGUGCUCAGCUGCCUUCAGACGCCCCUGCAUACCCUGGAGAUACGCUCCUGCACGCUUCUGAACGCUGACAUCACCUACCUGUCCCAGAGCCUUCAUGCCACCUGCCUGAAGAAGCUGGACCUGAGUGGAAACAGCCUGUCCCAUGUGGUCCCAGGGCCCCUCGAGACCUUGCUGCAGGAGGUGUCGGGCACCCUGCAACAUCUGGACCUGAACCACUGCUGGCUGAAGGACGUGCACCUGAGCGUCAUCCUGCCAGCCCUGUGCCGCUGCUCGCACCUCCGUGCCCUGGGCCUCUCAGACAACCCCGUGUCUAGGACAGGCCUGCUGAGCCUGCUGGAGCACACGUCCGCACUGAGGGAGCUGAAGCGUGUGCUCUACCCCAUCCCUGUGGAGUGCUGCGUGUACCUGUAUGGCCUCUCCUGGGGCCCCAUCGACAGAGGGAAGCUGUGCCAAGUGCAGGCUGAGCUGCAGAAGCUGCUGCAGGUUGUGCAGCGGACAGACAUGCAGUGGAGCCCCCGACUGCCCUCGCCCUUGCCCGUGAGACUGGUGCAGCUUGACUGA